UUUUUCAUUCUCACCUCUUUCCUGAUACUUCACUCUCUGCUGGAAGAGCCAAGGACACAAAGGAGAAGCCAUGAGGAACACACUGCUGAGGAUGUUGGCCGCCCUGAUGUGUGCGCUGGCCACCUGCACCGAUGUCACGCCGGUACAAGACUUCGACCUGCAGAAGAUGGCAGGCAAGUGGUACAUGGUUGGCUUUGCCACUAAUGCCCAGUGGUUUGCUAACAACAAAGCAGGGAUGAAGAUGGGCACUGCCACAUUAGUGCCAACUGAUGGAGGAGACCUGGACCUCUCUUAUGCCAACCUGAAUGAAGAUGGUACCUGCUGGAGAAUGACUCACCUAGCUCAUAAAACCGACACUCCUGGACGCUUCACCUUCCGCAGCCAGGUUUGGAACAACGACAACGACAUGCGCAUUGUUGACGUUCUGUACGACGACUACGCUCUGGUCCACACUGUCAAGACAAAGGACGGAGUGUCUGAGGCCCUCACCAAGCUUUACAGUCGUGCUCCUGUGUCCAGUGACGUCCUGCAGCAGAAGUUCACACAGUUCUCCCUGAACAGUGGCAUCCUCGCCGACAAUAUCGCCAUCUUGCCUAAGAAUGCUGAGUGUCCCGAGGUCUGAAGAGUCCCCCUGCUAUCUUCCGUCCUAACAUCUCUCGCUCUCCCCCUCGCUGUGAUGUCUGCAUCAUCCCAAUGAAAGCUCCACCUGAGACAAUGAAACUUAAGCAUUUUACUCCAAUCCCUGCUGCGUGUACCAAAGAACAAUUCCCUCCAACUCACACACUAACUGUGGCAUCAGAGUG